GCCUGUUUAGUCCAGCCCAUUCUGUGUGUACAAGAGCGAGCCAAGCACACUCUCCUUUCACAGAGCCUCACACAGGCUGCAACAAUGUGGCUGUACCUCAUCACAGGGGUCGUGCUGAUCCUCAUCGUCCUGAAGAAGUGGUUUGGAAGCCGGGGACCCAACCCGCUUGCUGUGGACACCAGGAAACCACCUAAACCGCUGGUAUUUGAUAAAGCACUGAGGAGAAAAGUGAUUAAAAAUGUUUUCUCUCCAGAUAAAAUACCUCAGAAUCUGGAUGCCAUUGUCAUUGGCAGUGGUAUUGGAGGACAGGGAGCCGCUGCUCUCCUUGCCAGAGCUGGAAAACGGGUUCUUGUCCUGGAGCAACUCGGUAAAUUGGGUGGAAGCUGUCACACUUUCAACGAAAAGGGCUAUGAAUUUGAUGUUGGUAUCCAUUACAUUGGACAGAUGCAUGAGCGGUCCCCAACACGAAUAUUGAUAGAUCAGCUGACUGAUGGGCAGCUUCAAUGGGCAAAGAUGGAUGACCCGUUCGAUGUAGUGCUUAUAGGGAACUUGGAGAAUGCUCGUCGCUACAACAUGCCUGUCGGGCAGCAGGCGUAUACAGAGGAGCUGAUAAAGGCUUUCCCAGGGGAAAAGAAAGCCAUCCAAAACUUCAUGAAGCUGGUGAAGAAGGCAUCUGGCCGAAUCUCAGAUAUGGUUGUCCUGAAGAUGUUGCCACUGCCACUUGCACGGUUCCUGUGUCGCAUUGGCCUUGUGAAACUGAUCUCUCCAUUUUUCCGGUAUGCUAGCCGCAGUGUGUCUGACGUCAUCAAUGAGCUGACUGAUAACAAAGAGCUGAGAACUGUAUUAAGUUACAUCUUUGGAACAUAUGGUGUGUUCCCAGAUAAAGCCAGCUUUUCCCUUCAUGCUGUGCUCAUUGACCACUUCCUGCAUGGGGGUUGGUACCCUACAGGUGGCGCCAGUGAAAUUACCUUCCAUCUUGUUCCCACAAUUGAAAGAGCAGGAGGUGCCGUGCUGUCAAAAGUUACAGUGGAUAAAAUCCUGGUCAAUGGAGAGAGGAGAGCUUGUGGUGUUGUUGUGAAAGCAAAGGGACAUGAACCCAUGAAUAUUUUUGCCCCCAUUGUGAUUUCUGAUGCUGGUAUUUUCAACACAUAUGAAAAACUUCUACCCCCUGAAAUGGAAGCUUUGCCAGAGAUCCAGAAUCAGCUGGGAUUGAUGAAACAUGGACAGGGAGGUUUCAGCGUUUUUAUCGGCCUAAAAGGAACAAAAGAGGAUCUUAAUCUUCCAGCUGCAAAUUAUAUAUACCUCCCAAGUACAGACCUGACAAAGUUAGAGAAAGAUUAUUAUACUUCCAGUGCAGAUGAAGCCGCAAAUAACAUUCCAAUGUUGUACAUCUCCUCUCCUUCUGCAAAAGACCCCACCCAUGAGGAGCGAUGUCCUGGAAAGUCCACGAUGACUGCCCUUUCUUUUGCACGCUAUGAUUGGUUUCAAGAGUGGAAGGAUAAGAAAGUACAGAAACGGGGAGCAGAUUAUGAAAGUGUGAAGAGCGCAUUUACUGAGGCCAUACUGGAAACACUUGUCAAGAUCUUCCCUCAGAUCAAGGACCAGAUCGAUUGCUACACCAGUGGCUCUCCGCUCACCAACCAGCACUACCUGGGGUGCUCAAUGGGGGAAUUCUAUGGAGCAGAACAUGAUAUUGCCAGAUUGGACCCAGAAACCACAGCCAUUAAUAGGGCCACAACACCCAUAAAGGGACUUUACCUGACUGGUCACGAUGUCUUCAUGUGUGGGUUUGCAGGAGCUCUACUUGGAGCUGUGGUCUGCACAUCUGAAAUCCUAGGACGAAAUCUCUUUGUGGACCUGGAGUUUCUAAGAAAGAAGAUAAUUCAGGAAAAAGCCCAAAAAAAUGAGUGAUCUGAGCUCUGAUCACAAAUUUAUGGGUGGUAGGAAGGUGGGUGAGCUGACCACUGGUUAUUUUCCAAUUCAUACCAGAGUUGUACAUCAUUCUACUACAUAGCAGUAGCUCACCAAGAAUCCGCAAUGGAUUCAAAGCUGUGUCUGGUUAAAUGCACUCUUAUUCCUAGAUUUAUUUUCUCCUCCUGUUCCAAUGUGAUCAUGUCCCCCCCUUAUUCAAUCUUCUCUCUGUAUUCCCACCACAUUGUUUCUGUCCCUCAGUCUCCAUCUGUCUUUGUCCCAUUUCCCCAAAGAUCAUGUUUCUUUCCCACAAUGUUCCUGCAUCUCUACCAAUUCUUUCCCUGAUCCUUGCCUAACUUUAUGUUUGGGAAAAGCUGCGAAGGUGGACAGUAAAGCUUGCAAUGAUGAAGUAGAGGAGUAGCAGAACCACCCUUGUUCUACUAUGUGGAAACACGGCUUGUGACGUAAUAAUGGAUGAAGGCAGCGUCCAUCCCUUUAAACAUGCCACUAUAUGUCAGGACCUAAAUAUGCCACUGCACGGUGCAAUAGCUUUUUAUAAAUAAGGCCAAUAAUCUUGGCAAUCUAUUUUGUAAUAGUUACUUAUUUUUUGUAAAUUAUGAUGAAAAUAAUGUAGCCUGACGAUGUAAAAAAAGUCUCUACAUAAAGAAAGAUUAUUAAUCCUGAUUUUAUGUCUAAACGAUUUACUGUAUUGAUGUAUUUAAAAUCUGCUGGAUUUGUUUUCAGAUGAAAAUAGGGGUCUAUGAGAAAAAAAGCAUGUCCAGACACAACUGUGAUUGUAUCGUUAACAUGGAGCAGUAAAGAAAUACUGAUCCGACAAGGAGAUCAGCCAUUAUAAUUGUUUUAUAUGCACUUUUAAUGUAUAGCAAAGUUGAGCUGCCAUAUUGUUAGAGAAUUUAAAAACAAGCAUUUAUUCCGUAAACUGAGCACUAUGACAUUUGACAAAGGAGUUGCAACUUUUAAUGAGGUGGGGGGAAAAACGAGUUUCAGAAUUUUUUUUAACUUGGCUAUUUUGGCCUAAACGUUUCAGUUUUCUAAUAAUUUCUCAGUUUACUGAAUAAGCCAUUAGGGGUAUUGUUCAGGUGAAAUCCCCUUUUAUUAUGUGGAACCUUAAUUCCAUGCUGGUGUUGGGCUCCAUAUAACACAUACAAUACAAUUCUACCCUCAAGCA